AUGGACAGGUGGCGCCGGCUGCACGGGCGAAGACUCGAUCACGAAGAACGAACCAGGAAAAAGACAGCCCGCGAAGGAAGCAAGAAAAACUCUAAUGAUUCCCAAAAUCUCCGCGGCUUGAGGGCCAAGCUGUAUCAGAAGCAGAGGCAUCAUGAGAAGAUACAGAUGAAGAAGCAGAUCAAGGCCCAUGAAGAGCGUAAUGUCAAGUCCUCCGCACCAAACGAGCCUUCAAGCACACCUCUUCCACAAUAUCUCCUUGACCGGUCAAACCCUACAAAUGCGAAGGCGUUAUCAAGUGCGAUCAAGAACAAGCGGGCUGAGAAGGCUGCAAAGUAUAAUGUUCCUCUGCCCAAGGUCCGAGGUAUAUCGGAAACGGAGAUGUUCAAAGUCGUCAAAACCGGAAAGAAAACCGCUAAAAAGGGCUGGAAGCGGAUGAUUACUAAGCCAACUUUUGUGGGGCCCGGAUUCACAAGACGCCCCGUUAAAUAUGAGCGGUUCAUACGUCCGAUGGGUCUGCGUUAUAAGAAUGCACACGUAACACAUCCGGAACUGGGAGUAACAGUCAAUUUGCCUAUAAUCAGCGUGAAGAAGAACCCUCAAAACCCACUCUCAACCCAACUCGGCAUCUUGUCAAAGGGUACAAUAAUUGAGGUGAACGUUUCCGAGCUGGGCUUAGUAACUGCUGGAGGAAAGGUGGUUUGGGGGCGGUACGCCCAGAUCAUGAAUCACUGUGAGAAUGAUGGAUGUGUUAAUGCUGUUCUUCUUGUUUGA